CAAAACAAACCCUACCUCUGUAUUUCUGAAUCUGGUCUUCCCCGUCGUGAUUCCUGCCGCCCAUACGCGAUGCGCUACGCCUCGCCUUCCCCGCGGCUGCUCUCCCGCCUCCUCUGCACGCUGCCGCAGAAGCUCACUAACUUGCAAUUCCAAGUCCGCGAACGUGUCCUCAAGGAGGCGCGGUGCUGGCUCACGGAGUACCUCCAUUCCGCUCGCGCCAUCCCCUUCUCCCACGCCGACUCCAUCGUCUCCAACGCUCCCUUCUCCCUCUCCGCCUUUGUCGCCCAGAUCCCCUUCCCUCCAAGCGUCGUUGGCGUGGACUUGAAGCGCAUCUUCCGCCGCUUCCUCACAUACCACCCCCUCAACGAGUACGACUUUUUUUUCGAGAGCAUCGGCCUCCCUCCCUCCUCCUCCUCCUCCACUGCCGUUUCCGCCUACCCCAGUGACUUCCUUUCCGACGAUGGUUUGCUCCUUGCUACAGCCUCGGCGCUGGUUCACUACGGCUUCCCUUGGACGAAGCUCGGCCUCCUCUACCGUGAGGAGCCCCGCAUCUUUUCAUCAGGCUCCGACAAACUUAUUCCCAGGCUUCUCACCUUCGAGGCCCGUGGCUUUCACCGCGCAUGCAUCAUCGGCAUUUGCCUUGCUUUCCCCUCCGCGCUGAGUGCAGAUGCUGACCCUGGUGGCGAAAUCGAUCACUUGUUUCAGUAUCUGAAUAAGGUCUUCCUCGACUUCGAUCUUUCACAAUCCGUCCCGGAAAACAAUGUGGACAUCUUCCUCCAGGUGUGUAGGAAUAUUCGUGUGUUCUAUGAUUUGGAUUCUAGAAAGGGAACGAUGCGCGAGCUGAUGUGCAAGAACCUUCGGAAGAUAUUUCUUGAGCUGGAUGCUGCGUUAAUAGCUCAAAAAUUGAAGUUUUUCAUCAAUUUAGGGAUGGAGGCUUCUGAAGCUGGGCAUUUCAUUCUUAAACAUGCUGAUAUUUUCAAUACCGAUUUGGAAAACCCUAGCAUUUUGAUGCCAGAGUAUCUCAAAUCCAUUGGUUUGAAAAAGGAUAAUGUCGCUACGCUGUCUCGGAGCUUUCCUUAUGUGAUGGGCAAGAAUAAAUUAGGGAAUUUGCCGGCUACCUUGAAAGCCAUGAAUCUGCACAAUUGGUUCCUAGGCAAGAUCUUGAAUGGGAAUCUCCAGUAUCUCUCGCCUGAAUUUAUUCUAACUAGCUCUCAUGACACAUCAUCAGAGAAACGGUUUCGUCAUGGUUUGGAAAGGCUAAAAUCAGCAAGGAUGAAUCUGUUUUUGGACAAGAAAGUGGAAUUCUUGCUGAGUAUCGGAUUUGGGCAGAAUGAGCUGACACUCAGAUCCGCAUCAGCACUCCAAGGCCCAAACGACCAACUGCAGGGGCGCUUCGAUUGCAUUCAGGGGCUGGGUAUUGAGUACUCCAUGGUUUGCAGGAUGGUAAAUACAAAACCCAUUAUAUUGAAGCAGUGCAAAAACACCUUCCGUGAGAAGGUGGAUUUCCUUUGCAAUGACAUGGGCUUCUCGUUGGAUUACCUUUAUCAUUUCCCUGCUUUUCUUUGUUUUAAUCUCGAGAACAGAAUCAGGCCUCGAUACAAAAUGCUAAACUGGCUUAAAGAACAUGGCUUGCUGAAUAAGUCCUUUUCUCCGUCCACCAUCUUAACAUAUUCUGAGAGGAAUUUCGUGACUACCCUCUAUCGUCUCCAUCCAGCUGCUCCUAAACAGUGGUUGGAGCGUCACUCAUACAGAGUUGACAGAGAUGGAAAUCAAAUAAGCUUAUUUUCUUCCCGACCUGUGCCUAAAGAUCAGGCUUGAAGAAUUGACAAAUACCCCUGGACUUCACUCUGUACGUGUAAACUAUUCGGAAUUCAUGAUUUAUUUCAUGACAAUUCAGUUGAUCCUCCAGAACUAGCAUUUAUGGAUUUACUGUUGAGUUUCUUAUUCCAGUUUGCUGACUCAACGCCUAUUAGGGCAUCCCAUAGGGGACUAAAUUGUUGGAUUUUAAAAAUAUAUCUCCAUUUUCAAACCUAUUAUCAUUGGGUGAUUUGUAUUUUUGGUUUAAAUAAAAAACUUAGGGGGUGUUUGGCUGAUGGGUUUAGGAAUGAAGGAAUGGAAUGAUAGUAAAAGAUGAUGUUUGGAUUGUGGGUUUGGGAAUGACAAUUUGGGAAUGAUUUCUAGAUUUAUGGGAAUCAAUCAAACCCAUAUAACUAGGUGGGUUUCAUUUCCAUCCCCAUUCCCAUUAUAUCUCACUAUCAAAUCUAUACCCAUAGUCAUUCCCAUCAUUUAACUAAACGCCACCUUAGUUCUAAAAUCAAGAAUCAAGUUUGUACCAAAUUUUUGUUGUCCAUUACUAUCUAGCCACCAUCUUGCUCUCUCUCUCUCUCUAUCUCAAAUUCCAAUGGUUAAAAUUUCGAUAAAGUCGAGGUAAAUAUCUCCUUUAUGUGUUAGUCAUUAUUCCAAAAACUAAUAGUCGCUCGUGAUUUAUCUUCUCCGUGUUGGUCCUGGGACGGGUUGACGGGAACGCUGGGAGCGAGCGUAUUUGUCUUUUUUUUUUUUUUUUUAAUUGCAAUGGCUAAAAUAAUAGGCUAAUAAAUUUACUUUUUAGGUUUACCAUUGGGAUACUUAGUAGGUUUAUAACUUAUGAUGUGGGAUGUGGUAAAAAUGAAUUUACUUUUUAGAUUUUACCAUUGAGGAUGCCCUUAGGAGACCUGGUCUCAAGUCUUUGUUAGCUUUCACUUAGUGACACUCAUUCAUCCUUCAUCCUUGUAAAUUUGCUAAAUUCUUUUUAUGCACUGGAUUUUAGAAAAUAAAUAGAUAAAUUAAGGAUUUAAGAAUAUUAAUAUCCCCUCAUACUCUAACUUGGAUGUUUGCUAAAUUCUGUUUCCUUAUUAGUUCUACUACUUCAGUUAGCUGGGAUCUGCUUUCAUCUCUCUUGGCUUUAGUCCGGUGGAGCAACUGAACAUGGCAUGCAAUGCUUUUUUUUUCCAAUUGUUUUUAACUUAUCUUAUUGGCUGUAUGUUAUUUGUAAUUAAACAAUCAUCAUCGAACAACUAGAAAGAACUUUUCUGUGAUGGGA